GACAUAUGUAGUGGAUAUGCGAUACUCGCUUGUGCCUAGAGCUACCCUUGGGUAUCGCAGAUCCUAGGAAGCCUGGAGCAAAUUCUCCAUGGGCUGCCCUGGUUCAGAACCACAAGGUGAGUUUCUCCGAGUUGGAUUCUUGAGAAAAGCAGUGUCGCUUGCUUUACCACCAGGCUUCAGGACAUCCAAUUAGACUUUAGACAAGAAACGGAAAUGUGGGCAGGAUUGUCGAGCGUAUGUGGUGUGCAAAUUGGUUUCUUGCAUAUCAGAAAGCGGCCAAAAGUGCUGGGUAUGUGUGCUCUUGUCCUCACAGCUGCGCCUACGUCCUUAGACAAAACAAAUGCCAGUCGGAUUCCCCUUCCUCUUCAACAGGAUGCCUGCACAACCUACCCAGUGGCGACUCAGAAAAAUAGGCUCCACUUGUCAGCAUGCUGACAGAAUUGCUGAACAGGAAACAAGGGCAUAGCGUUCUCCAAACGUACAGACUAUAAAUGACAGACAGCCAUCCUCCCUACCCCUUAAACACUAGCACCAUUUAUUUUUCUCUUCUCUUGACUCGAACCAUGUACGCCUCAGUUAUUAUCAGCCUCCCAAGCAGCGACAUCUACCCUGGUAAAAGGUGUCCCUGUUGUUAACCUUAGGAAUGGGACGAGUGUUUACGAGCGUGUAUGUGAGCUAAAAUCAAAAUGAAA